UGUGAAUUCUCCUCGUGUGAUAAAGCAAAAUAGCAGAACAUCUUUUUCUUUUCAAUGAAAUUGGCGGGAAUCAGGCUUUGUCAAAUUCUUUAACACUUUGUGUUAUUUACUUAUUUUUGAAUUUUUCAGUUAUUUAGUCUUCACGAAAAAAAACAAAAACACUGUAAACAUGGCUGUACACAUCCAAGUGAAUUCUUCUGAUUUGAAACUUGACGAAAAUUGCGUAGUUCAUUCGAUGCCCUGUAAAAUCAAUCACGACGGUCAAGCAAAUGUUUCAGGAUUCUUUUCACCCUACAUUGAAAAUAAAGAGCUGGAUGAUAGUAGUGAUGGAGUUAAACAAGCUUCAUUCCGAGGUUAUCCUUUGCAAGGAAAAGAAACUGUAAUACCAGAUGGUUUCAAAGGAAUUGUGGUCACUGAAAUGAAGAAACCGUUGACUGACAUUGAGGAGAGAAAUCUUGUUGUCAGUAAGAAAUUUGAUAAAAUUACAUAUUGGAACUGGGAUUGCUUCCCAGUCAACAAUGAUUCAAUUAAUCAAUCCAUGGAUUGGCUCACACUCUCUAAAAUGAUUCAUGAAACUGAAUGAAGAGGAUUUCAACAUAUAACAUUCAUCAUUAAUCUCAUCUCCCCAAUUUUAUCUUGAGUUUUGAUACUUUCUGCACAUGUCUUAUUGUAAGAGAAACACGUGUUUCCCUCUUCAAAGACUGAUUCAUCUGGUAAUUGCUAGGCACAUUAAGAAUUGAGUUGUCAAGAAUGUCUUCGUAUUUUUCAUCGAUUCCGUGUAAAUAGGUUUCAUAAAUAUUCCCUUGUUGGACUAAUAAACUUCGUGGCUCCAGAAACAA